GUAUUGAUUUGCCUGAGGUUUUUGGCAACGGGUGCUUUCCAUUUAUUGGUUGCGGACACUCUGAGAGUGUCCCGCCCCACAACCUUCCGAUUACUUGGCUGUGUAGACGGAACUCAAAUUAAAAUUGCCACACCUAAUGAAAAUGAAAACGAUUUUGUAAACAGAAAAGGAGUGCAUGCCCUCGGACCGGGGAUUUAUCUCUGA